GACAUCGUCCGCCUACGAAUAAAGACAAUGUAAACAUCGCAGCUCGCCGUAUCGCUGGUCCUUCACGGCAGUCAUCUAUCCUCAGUCCCGUCCGCCGCGACUGCAUCGAGACCCCGCUUAGAGCGCUCUCUCUCGCGUCGCAUAGGCGGCGAACGGCCGUACCCUGGCCCGCUCGGAUGGCGUGGCAAAAGUAUCGACUCGCUCGACGCGCGUGCUAUCGUGCCGCACUGGUAAGCUCGGCCGGCCCAGCCAUUGGUCCCCGUCCGCACCUGCUCCGAUUGGCGCUGCCGUGGAGGGGCGCCAUAACCGUUCUAGUACCGUGGAUAAGGCAUAGAGGGCUAUAGACUGAACAUACAUGGGUCAUAAAGGAUUCGAAGAAGUAGAGGAGAAGGACGCGUAAGAUACUCUUGCAUAGGUUAAACGACGCCGUUACGAAUAGCUCUUAACUGGUGCGGCGCGCGAUCGUAAAAAACGUGUGGUGCUAACUGUAUUUAUUAUACUACGUCUUCGAUAAGUUUUACCUGUCAUCUUUUACUAUUACGGACUAUUAUGAGAAGUGCGCGUUUAGUGUCUUCGACGUGGAGCCCUGCAUGUUAGCGAUGAGUUCCAAAUUCAUCAUCGAUAGCAUGCUACCUAAGUAUCAUCAACAGUUCCAUCAUCAGCAAUUGUUCAGCAACCCAUCCAGCACCGCAAUCGAGGCAAGUCUAGCUUCAGCCGUCAACUACAGCUCCUCAGCCUCUCCUACGGGAUCUUCGCCUCAGCACUCUUCCAGCAGCGCUUCCUCCACCUCGCCCGCCUCCAGGAUGUACCCCUACGUGUCGGCGGCGGCUCACCACCAUCACCAGCAGCAGGCCGUUGCGGCGGCAGCUUUCAACGCCGCCGCCACCGGGUCUAUGGUGCCGGGCGCCUUCUCCACCUCGGCCAGCACGGCAGCCCUUGCAGCGGCCGCCGCCGUAGACGCCGCCAACGACAAGUCCUGCAGGUAUACGGCGGGCUUGGGCGGUAACGUGGCGCCGACGGACUCUAUGGUCAAUUACACCCUCGGACACCAUCACCAGAAUGGGGUGGCGGUGUCGGCGGCUAGUUCCGUGAGCGCUGCCUCGGCGUCCAUCGCGGCGCAAUUCUACCACCAGGCCGCCAGCGCCGUCGUCGAUCCUCUGAAUUCCUGCAGCCAGCCCACGGCACCUGGGGGACAGCCGAUACCGGACAUACCGAGGUAUCCCUGGAUGUCAAUCACAGACUGGAUGAGCCCUUUCGAUAGAGUGGUCUGUGGUGAGUACAAUGGUCCUAAUGGCUGUCCGAGGCGACGGGGAAGACAGACGUACACCAGAUUCCAAACCUUGGAGUUGGAAAAAGAGUUUCACUUCAACCAUUAUCUUACGAGAAGAAGAAGAAUCGAGAUCGCGCACGCUCUGUGUCUUACAGAGCGACAGAUAAAGAUCUGGUUUCAAAACAGGAGGAUGAAGCUGAAGAAGGAGUUGAGGGCAGUGAAGGAGAUAAACGAACAAGCUAGAAGGGAGCGCGAAGAGCAAGAAAGACACAAACAACAACAGCAGGAGAAACAGCAACAAAAAAUUGAGUCACAGAAUCAUUCGUCCCUUCAUCAACACCACCACGAUCCAAUGAAGAUCGGCAUGGAAAAAUCCGGGGGUUCUGAUCUACUGAAAGCUGUGUCUAAAGUACCGUCGUAAAAAAUUUGCACCAGUGAUGGUUGAGUGACUGGGAACACUCUGUGUAAAACGAGCGUUGUGUAUAAAAAACGUGAAACGUGAGAUUUGACGUUAUUUUACUUGUUUUUUAUAGCUUCGUUAUUUAUAUUUUCUGUUUAGUUUUGUACAUAUUACUAAGAUGUAGCGUGUUCAUGUUUAUAGUUCUAUGUUGUUCAGAUUGAUAUGGAUUUAUUUUCGAUUGUCGAUAUCAACGACCAGUUGUAAUUUGGUUGUGUUAUUGCGUUAUCGUUGUUGUGAUUUAGAAUUUUUGUUUUAAGUUUUAUCUGUUCGAUACAGCGAAGUUGCUUGACGUACUGGAAAAUUCUCAUAUCGUUCUUAAGUUUGUGGUGUUUUGUUAGUAUAGUUGAAUGGUUUUAUGUUCGUCCAUUUGUUUCUAUUAGCGAUCUUGUUGACUUUUUUUUUUUAAUUGAUUUAGUUACGAAAACUGUGCCAAUUUUUUGGAGAACAUUUAAUUAUUUCAGCAGUUUUGUGAGGUUGGUAACGACCUCUGAUUUGAUUUGAAACAAAAAUCGGCCGAGUAUUGUUACUCUUAGUACUCUUAUACGUAAUUGGUGUCAGGGUAGAAAAUCUUCAGAUACAUUUUAUCGAAAAAGUCUAUACUACUUGUAAAUGUGAAACUAAAAAUUUAGCCGAUAAUUUUUUAAACGCCUCUGCUAAACAACUAAUAUCUCGAACACCCAAAUAUCACUAUUCUCCCUAUUUUAGUUUUUGGGCACUCGAUUUAUUCAAACUUAGGCAAUGCCGUUUGCAGAAAUCUUGUCGUCCCCCCGUAUAAUUUUCUACAGUUUAUUGAUGUCUUAUAUAGAUAUCGAAUAAUCCAAGUGACAAUGAGAAACAAGUUGAACAAAAAUACAUACGUAAAAUUGUACAAUACCUACAAAAAAAUUGUAAAUCUAUCAGAUCGAUACUUUCUGCUGCAGGAAUAAUCUUUCGACUUUGUAAAAAUGAACGAGUAUACGUGAUUUUUGUUAAUACGUUUCCCUUAAAGGAUUCCAGAGAAAUUUGUAUCGAUUAUAAUAAAUGUUGUUCACUCAAAAUUAUGAAAUAGAGGAAAAGGCAAAGCUGAAGAAAAAAUUGAACAAGUGUCCAGAAUACGUAUUAAAUGUUCCAGAAACCUCUAUUUCUUAUUGAAAGGAUAAAAGUGUACAAAGAAAUUGUAUAUAUUCUAGUUUAGGGCCAUUGUAAACUUAUAUAUUACUGAUUCUCCCAUAUAUUCGUGCAAAAAGAACUGAUUUACGCUUUUUCAAGCUUCAUAGAAGGAAAGUAGAUCGAAAAAAGGAUUUGUAGUACAAGUUUAUAUAAUGGGACUUGCCACAUUAGCGAUAUUAUCACCUAAUUUUUCUUUAGUCAUUGUUCAAUGAAUCUAAAAUGCCUGUACAGUCUGUGUGUGAGUGAUUCUGUUAAACAUGUGAUUUUAUCAGUAUGCAGUUCUGUGAAAUCACAAGGAGUUGGUAGUUUUUUCUAGAAUAAUUCAUUUGUUCGAAAUCAAUUUAAAAGUCGAGAUCAAAAACAAUUGUAAAUAUUGAUAAAUUGACAGCUCUCUAACCUGUGAUAGAUAUUUAAAAUAUCUUUAUGGAUAACCUUUGAACAGGUCAAACAUAUAAAUCGUAAAAAUUGUGUGUUAUUGUAUAGGAAACAUCACUCACAUUGAUUGAAGUAUCGCGUUGUUUGUUAUGUUUAUGAAAUUCUUGUUAAUUAUUUCUAUUAUCGCUGGAGAUUUUUUUAUUUUAUCCGUCUGUGGACAAGUUAAAUUUCGUGCAAUAUUUGUUGUUGUAUUUCCGUUGGUUUUUCGAGGCCAUAGUGCAAUCACAUCGUAUACCAAUUCAUACAAAAAAAUUGGAAUCGAUACAGAGCCCAAGCUUGGUACAAUUCUCUUCCCGUAUUAUUUCAAUCAAUGUGAUGUUAAAUGUGAAAAUUGUAGUGGAUUUUUCCUUAUAUUGUUUCUAUAUCUUUUCAUGUCUUUCAUUCAUUUUGUUUUUUUCUGUUGAAUUUGAGAUUUUUAUAGAGGAAAUUCGUUUUCUUCGAAAUUUGCGCGCUGAAGUAACUCUGAUUAGAAUUAAAUUUGGGUUGAGAUAGGAAAAAAUUUGGUCUUUUAAUAGAGGGCAUAUCAUUUGAAGAAAGUUGUAGUUUGUGUUUUCCAGAACGUGUUGUAUGAAUGUAUUCACAGCUUUAUUUGAGGAUAAAACGAAGGAAAUUGUUAAUUCAUAAAUAUAAUGUUUAGUAUUUAAGUGUAUAUGUAGAUAGUCCUGUAACUUUAUUAAAACUCUCGAUACCGAAUUAUUGAGUGUAUUUUUCGAUCCGUAAGCAUUGACUAACUGUUUCGGAGUAAAAUAAUGCUACCUUAGCUUUGAUGCCAUUUUUCUUGUAAUAACCGGAUGUGUAACCUUAAUUAUGUAAUGUACAGAUUGUCUGAACUGAAUAAAUAUUCCUUUCAAAAUUA